AUGUGGCGUCUCUGUGGGUGUAGGGCGGUUUUAUUUCUACCGUGUUCCAUUGCCACGGGGCGGCGGUAUUUGGGGAGCACCAACAACGCGUAUCAUGGCACUGGGAAAGGGGAAAGUGCUGCUACUGGCAAUAGUAUGGAUGGCAAUUCCCCCAAAGAGACGUCUAUUCCUGGUGGCGUUCAGCAGAACACGGGUGUAGGUAAAAAAGUGCUUUCAGAUACGCAUGCUCAAUUUAUUACCACCACAGAGGUCUCUACAAGCACCGGUGUACGUUGGUUGGAUGUUGCCGGGCGAAGCCAAUUAUGGGUUAAUGAUUCGUUUUUGGGAGAAGGUGAGUUUGUGGCUCACGCUAUGGAGGCCCUUCGUGGAGAAAACCUACCACCGGACAUGAUACCCAAGGUUAGUCAUAAAGCGCGCGCUUUGCCAUUUGUUUAUAUUGAGGAUAACUGGGCGUGUUUGACCUUGCGUUAUGCGCGACAAAAUCCACGUUGGUUUUCUACUUUUUUUCACGAUGAGGUAAAAAACUUUCGCGAGACUGUGUCAAAUGGUACACGGCGGGCAAAAUAUUCCAAGUUGCAAGAAAACGGUGAGGACGAAGACGAUACCCUAAAAAUAGGCGAUGAGGACGAGGCUAGUAUGCGUUGUGGUCGAGAGAAGGCACUGACUGGGAGGAGUCCUCAACAUGGGAUGUCUUCCCAGGUUAAUAUGAUUGAGUUGACAGAUCGCCUGCAUAUCUUUUUAUUGAAGGAAAAUCUGACGUUGAUUGAAGGCGGAGACAAAGUGAGUACGCCGUACUUGAGUGUUCGGCAAGCUGAAAAGAUUUCUCAAAAAGACGGAGGCGGCACUAAAUUAGAUUUAAUUUCCGGGCAAUGGCGGAUAGUUACAGUUCACCGUUAUCGAAUGCCGUUUCUCGAAGCGUUUUUGGUCAACUGGGCGACAAGUGGACUACACCGAGGUCCAUGGAUUGGCAUCGUGCGAAGACUCGUUCACGGCGCCACUUUGAGUAUACAGGGUUUGGAUUACAAAUAUGCGGAACGUAUUGAUGAGUUUGAAAUGUUCUUAUUUGAGUCUUCUAUGAAAAUGAAUGGUAUUUCCACGAUUCUUGCGCAGCUGCACAUUAUUAACCGACGAUCAAAGAUUCACGCUAACUUUCUUCGUGAGACCCAACGCAGCUACACGAAACUUUUGAGUGCGUUAAACUUACCCAUAGAAUUGGAGGAUCAAAGAGAGAUUCUUUAUCUUUCUCAUGCCUUGUCUCUUGCUGAUGAACUGCAUGAUCAGUCCCGUUCCCUUCUCACGCUUCAGUUUUCUGUCGCAGCGUACAUGCUGGAGGAUCAUCUCCGCAUUUUGACACUUUUCACAACCUUUUUCAUCCCACUCGAAUUAAUCACAUCGUGGUUUGGGACAAAUUUUGUCGGACUGGAAGACUUCGUGGAGAGUGAACAGGGUUUGCUUGUUGCAGGGAUCAUGCUGGUGGUAACUGCAAUUAUUACAAGUGUGUGGAUGCGUCGUCAUGUGAUGGCGUUGGGUUAA